AUGCCUCCAGCAGACGUCAAUAAGAUGCAGGAAGAUCUUUCGCUCUCCGAGCAGCAACUGCGGUCGAUCAUUGAGUCCUUUGUUGAGCUGGGAGUUUCUGUGUAUGACUUUCCAGGAACAUUAGAGGCCACUCAAGGCAUGAUGACCAACCUUAAGCGAAACGUCGAUAGGCUUAGACAACUUAACAAGCAGUCUAAUGACCCCGAAUCUCAGCUGAAUAACUUCAAUGUACCAAUCGAGGUAGCCCAGUACAUUGAGGACGGCCGAAACCCUGACGUGUACACUCGUGAUUUUGUUGAGGCAAUCCGCCGCUCGAACCAAUACCAAAGGGCCAAAAUGAACGCUCUGGGUCAGCUACGGAACAAGCUUGCAGAGAAGAUCAUUGCCGAGUUUCCAGACAUGCAGAACAACGUAACAGAUAUCCUAGCGAGGACCAGAAGAGAACCAUCUGUGUGA